GCAAACGUUUCGUGUGCAGCGAGGCAAAGCAAAAUUCACAGCGAAGCGUUUUUUUCGUAUUUAAGCAUGUAACACCUGUGCAGUUACUUUCGCGAAAGUAACGGAGUCCAUCGUCAGAGUCGCCAAAUCACGUCAUCUUCUCGAACCAGCAGUCAUGUUGCAGAGACCUCGACGCCGCUGCGAAGGCACUGCCAUGGGCGCCAUCGUCCUCGAUCUCCGGCCCGGCCUCGGAAUCGGACCCUUCACCAUCGGAAUGCCGAUAUGCGAAGCAUUUGCUCAGAUAGAGCAGGAGCCUAACAUUUACGACGUUGUCCACGUGAAGUUUUACGACGAGGAGCCCCUGAAGUUGGAUAUUGUUAUCAGCUUUCCAGAUCAUGGUUUUCAUCUUCGUUUUGAUCCUUGGUCACAGAGGCUACGUCUUGUUGAAAUAUUUGAUAUAAAACGGCUUCAAAUGCGCUAUGCUACUUCUUUGAUUGGGGGACCAUCUACAUUAGCUACUUUUGUAGCUGUAUAUGCACUAUUUGGGCCAACUUUCCCUGGAAUUUAUGGCAAGGAUAGAGGUGUCUACACUCUGUUUUACCCAGGGCUUUCCUUUUCUUUUCCAAUUCCUAGCCAGUAUACAGACUGCUGCCAUAAUAGAGAAGUGGAAUUGCCAUUGGAGUUUCCUGAUGGAACCACACCAGUUACGUGCCGUGUCUCUAUAUAUGAUAGUUCUACAGAUAAAAAAGUUGGUGUGGGGUCCCUAAUGGAUAAGGCAUCUGCUCCUCCAUUACCUGUUGGCAGCCUCUAUAUGGAAGAGGUGCACGUUAAGCUAGGGGAAGAAUUGUACUUCAAUGUUGGUGGCCAGAAUAUUCCUUUUGGAGCUUCACCUCAGGAUGUUUGGACUGAAUUGGGUCGUCCGUGUGGCAUACAUCAGAAGCAGGUAGACCAAAUGGUUAUUCAUUCUGGCUUGGACCCUCAUCCACGGACAACUCUCUGUGGCGAUUACUUCUACAAUUACUUUACACGUGGUUUGGAUAUUUUAUUUGAUGGCCAGACUCACAAAAUCAAGAAGUUUGUUUUGCAUACAAACUAUCCUGGUCAUGCAGAUUUCAACUCUUACAUAAAGUGCAAUUUUGCCAUCUUUGCAUCUGACUUAGGGGGGUCUUAUCAGGAUGUAAAUAACUGCAAACCUAGGAUUACACCUAGCACAAAGUGGGAGCAAGUGAAGGAAAUCCUUGGGGACUCUGGCCGAGCUGCUAUUCAGACUCAAGGUUCUACAAGCAAUCCAUUUGGAUCUACUUUUGUAUAUGGUUAUCAAAAUGCUGCAUUUGAGGUGAUGAAGAAUGGUUACAUUGCAACCGUGACCCUUUUCCAGUCAUCGUGAUUCUGUUGCAAACAGUUGGAUGAUGGAACUUAAUGGGGAAAGCCGUUUGGAUUCAUAAUUGUACAGUUGUAUAGAUUAAGUUUGUACAGAAUAAUUCAUACGGUAAAAACACGUAAACACUCUGCAUCUUCUCUGUUACUGUUCAAAUGGAAGUUUGUUCUGUAAGCCCCUGAUGCAUUAUCCGUGCCCAGAUUGUAUGACGAUGUUCACAGUCGAUCGACGUGACGUUUACAGAUUUCUCAUAACUGAAUCAGCCUUGUAUCAUUUGGGAUGACAAUAUCAGUUUGUACACAAUGAAAAGAGAACAUGAAGGAUUUCAUUUACAGGUGCCUAUGUA